AUGAUGUUCUUGGUAAGGGACUUUCUCUUGCUGUUUUAUGUGACUCUAUAUAUCCCAGGACAAAUCACUGCUAAAGAUGAAACUAAUAUGUCUGGUUGGUUAAGUGGGUCGUCACAGCUCACGACAGAUUUCACAAGAAGAGUGCUGAACCAGUUGUUUCAAGAGACAGUCAUUCGUUUAGAAAACGAGAAAAGGAUUAGGCAUCUGGAACAUAAUUUCACACUGUUGGCAAAUAAAAUAGACCUUAUUCAGAAAGACAAAGGUUUGGUAAAACCACACGAUGCCAACCACACAGGGAGAAGCCACGAACACAUGGAGCCACCUGUUCUGUCACAUGGAGAGAGACACCUCGGUAUCCAGAAUUUCCCGGAUGCAGUCUCACCCUUUGCGAUUCCAGAUGUCACAACACUUUCCACUGAAAGCCUGCCAUCUGAUCACCGCCUCUUGCCAUCCAUCGGGAACGGCCAUGUUGCAGUUGUAGUCAAAGGUGACACCGUUUUUCUGAAUGGUCUCUACAAUGGACAUAACAUAACUAGUCACCGCGCCAAACUGCCGGCUGUAUUUAUAAAGGACAUCGAUAUCAAAUCGACCGAUCAUCUCAAAACAAACUACACCCUUGAUUUAGCAGCAGGUAUGUUCAUCGAAGAAUUCAAGAGCAAGACCUUUUCUAUUGAGUUUAAGAUUUUUGCCCACCGCGCUGUUAAACAGUUACUAGUUACAACGGUGACGGUGAAAAACAUGGGUGCCACCACUCUCAACCUUGGUCUAACCACGUCAAAGAUUGCUGAUACUGAGGACGUUGAGAUUACGUCCUCAACCACGGACUCAAUAGGUGUUAUACGUGGAAGAACAAAAGAGAGCGAAUAUGAAGUAACGGGACUACAAAACGUAACCAUGGUACAUACACCAAUACCAGAGGAGAUUGUUGUAUUGCCAUUUAAACAAACAACUCAUCUCUUUCUACUGAGCGUGGACCUCAAUCCUACUAUCGCCAAAGAUUCCUUUCAUAAAGGCAUUGAAAUGUUCUUUAGUCAGACUCUUGAAUCCAAUCAUGUGAACACAUGGGCGGAUCUAUGGAGGAAUGGGCGUAUUGAUAUCACAGGAAACAAAACGCUGGCCACCCUGGCUUAUUCAUCUUUGUACUACAUUUUGAGUUCUCUCCCAUUGGAAGAGUCACAUGACUUUGUGGGUUUGUCACCAGGUGACCUGGCUCAUGGGUCAGGGUUUGAGGAUUACAUGGGUCACGUGUUCUGGGACCAGGAGACGUGGAUGUAUCCACCGAUAUUGCUGCUCCACAGUAAGAUUGGGAAGGCUAUUGUAAAAACUAGAACAAGAACCAUGGAAGCAGCUAAAGAAACCGCUAGAAUGAGGGGAUACAAAGGUGCCAUGUAUCCUUGGGAGACCGCACUCUCAGGGUUUGAUGUAACAGAGAUACCAAUAUAUUUCCUGAAUGAACAACACAUCACAGGGGACAUUUCAUUUGGCAUUCGACAGUACCUCUAUAUGACUCGUGAUGUCCAAUUUCUACUUCAAGAAAGUGGUAAAGAACUGGUAACGGAAAUAGCUGAGUUUUGGGCAUCACGAGUUCUGCUCAACCCAUCAACUAACAUGUACGAAAUCCAUGGCGUGAUGCCACCAGAUGAAUGGAACAAGCUAGUGAAUAAUUCCGCUUUUACCAACGCCGUAGCGAAAUGGAGUCUUCUACUCCCGGAAUUUGUUGGUAAAUUAACGAACACCGACCCCGAUCCCCGUUACAAAGAAAUUGCUGAUCGAAUGUAUAUUCCUUACGACAAGCAGGUCGAUUAUCACCCUGAGUUUGAUGAUUAUGCAAUAAAUACCUCCGUAAAACAGGCAGAUGUUGUAUUGUUGGGAUACCCACUGAUGGUGGAUAUGUCAGAGACUACAAGAAAGAACGACCUCCAUAUAUAUGAAGCGGUAACACCUAGUGGACCAGCUAUGACAUGGAGUAUGUUUUCGAUAGGAAGUCUGGAGAUAGGCGAUAUUACAGAAGCUUCAACUCAGUUUCUUCGACAGCUUCUGAAUGUCGCCAAACCCUUUAAUGUAUGGACAGAGCUCUCGGACGGUACAGGGGCCGUCAAUUUCAUCACAGGAAUGGGCGGAUUUCUACAAUCACUUUUGUUUGGUUAUGGCGGUUUCAGACUUCAUCCAGAUAGAAUUGACUUUCACGGACGACUACCCCCGUCCACCACGUCCUUCAACAUCACAGGAGUUGAUUACCUUGGCGGUGCUAUAGACUUCUCUUUCAUAACUCAAACCACUACAGUUUCUCUUAUACGUCGGGCUCGGUAUCCUCUACAACUAAGAACAAAAUAUCAGAACUUUAUGUUAUCUUUAGGAAAUCCGAUAACCUUUACAAACACGGAAGCAUCCAUUGUGCCUGAUCUGUAAAGAGCGAAUAUACCUAUGAACAUUUGCAAUCUCAAGUAGGACACAAUUUCUUGCAAGAAAUAGUUAUUAUGCAUAGCGUUAACUGCAAGCCAACGUUUACAUGCAUGCUGUCAAAAUGUAUGUUCCUUUAACGUGACAUUUGUAUAUCUUGUAUGUUCAGCCACGUAUCUAUUGAAUGGGUAGUCAUGGAUAUUCUCUAAUAAGGUAUUUAGGUUUUUAUUAGAGUUUGUAUAUACUGAGUGCUUGAAAAAUAAAACACUAAUUUAUCUACAAAGGAAAA